GCGGGAAGAGGAGAGGCUCCCUUCGGUGUACUUGCGAGAGCGUGGCGGGGGCGCGCACGGCGACGGCUUGGACGCCAUGUUGGAAGGUUGCUGAGCCCGGCCGCCGGGAUUCUGUUUCUUUCUCUUCCUUCCUCCCUCUCUCUCUCUCUCUGUUUGUGUGUUUGAGGCUGAGCCACAGUCGCUGCCGCGGCUGCUGGUGGUGACUGUUUCCUGUGAGGGCCCGGGGGGCAGGAGGAGGAGGAGGGAGGCGGCGGAAGAGGUAGCGGCGGAUCAUGGACGUCGAGAGGCUACAAGAGGCGCUAAAAGAUUUUGAAAAGAGAGGGAAGAAGGAAGUAUGUCCAAUAUUGGAUCAGUUUCUUUGUCACGUUGCCAAGACCGGAGAGACAAUGAUUCAUUGGUCGCAGUUCAAAGGCUAUUUUAUUUUCAAACUGGAGAAAGUGAUGGAUGACUUUAGAACGUCUGCUCCUGAGCCAAGAGGCCCUCCUAACCCUAAUGUGGAGUAUAUUCCCUUUGAGGAGAUGAAAGAACGCAUUCUGAAAAUAGUCACUGGCUUUAAUGGUAUCCCUUUUACUAUUCAACGACUCUGUGAGCUGCUGACAGAUCCAAGAAGGAAUUACACAGGAACAGACAAAUUUCUCAGAGGAGUAGAAAAGAAUGUCAUGGUUGUCAGUUGUGUGUAUCCAUCUUCAGAGAAAAAUAGUUCCAAUAGUUUAAACAGGAUGAAUGGAGUAAUGUUCCCAGGAAACUCACCAGGCUAUCCUGAGAGAUCCAACAUAAAUGGUCCUGGAACACCUCGACCUGUAAAUCGACCAAAGGUUUCUUUGACAGUUCCUAUGACAACAAACGGUUUACCAGACAGCCCAGAAAACAAGGAGUCCGGUCUGCCACAAGAAGAGGAGAAAAUAAAUAGUGAAUCACCAGCAGCUGAUCCUGAAAGAAUCCAAAGCAGUCCUGUAAAAAAUAAACACCCUGAAGAUGAUCCAGCAGAAGUUGAGGGACAUGAGGUAAAAAGACUUAAAUUUGACAAAGAAGAAGAAUCUGAAGAGACCACCAGCCAGAGUAGUUCCAGUGAAGCUUGUUCAGCAAUGGUAGAAGAGACUGAGACAACUUCUCCAUCUCAGGAUAAAGAAAAAGAAACCAUUUGUGAGAGACAGCGCUGUAAAGAGGAGGAGGAGGAGGAGGAAGAAUCCCUCAUGACACCAAAAGAAAUCGUUCCAGAAAGAAAAGAUCAAGAUAAAGACAAUGCAUCCUUAACUGUGAAAGAAGAUAUUUCUGAGGAGAAUAAUCAAAUGGAGGAAUCUGACCAGACUCAAGCAGAGAAGGAUUUGCCUUCUGAAGACAGUGAAAACAGUGGAUCUGUCAGUAGCAGAGCUGACUGCAGUGAAACAGAAGAGUUGGGCUCAUAUGCUAGUGAAACUCCUGAAUCGGCAUCGGAGAUCCCAAUGGAAAACAGCAACGAAACCACAAACGCUGCAGAAGAACCUAUGGAACAAGACUAAUAAUUUAAAUACACUUAGAGGCAGUAUUUUCCAUAAGGCUCUGGUUUUACACUGUAUAAAUAAUUUUAUGUAAUAAAGUGGACCUUUUAGUUUUACAAGAGAAGCAGGCUGUAAAUUGAACUUCUCAAUGGGUUAAAUCCUGAAGGAGUUGUACUUGUUAAGAACUGUGAAAUAUCGCCUCCUUCAGGUCCUGCUUACCGCUGACAUUUCGGUAUGGUCAAAUCAGUGGUCUGUGUAUAGUUUUUUUAUUUAGAAAUAAAAGUUUUUAAACUGGAAGUUAAUUAUAAUUUUGACAACUUUUUGGAGAUUACCACACUUAGUUACAUGUAUGCAAGAAAGCUUUUUGUCCUCUCUCCCUCCCCGCCCCUCCAACCGCUAUAGCAGUUAUAUUCCAUUUUGGUUACAGUUUCAACAUUAACAUGUGCAUUUCUUGAAUUUCUUUCAUCGGGUUUCUUGUUGGUUUCCAGGUUUUCAUUUGACUGCAUUGUGUGCUUUAAAAAGCUACACAUCUAAUACACAAUACUUGAAAACAUGCUAAUCUUAGGGAAACCUAUGCUUUGCACUCUUUAUGAAUGCUCCCCCCCCCUUUUUUAAUGGAAGCAAAUGAGUUCCGUGCUCAAAAGGCAACUUUUUCACCUCUAAAUAUACCAAAUAAAAUUUGGCCCACCUGAUAUCCUGAAGAUCCAAACACUGUUGAAAGUACUAGGUUAACACAUUCCAAGAGAACUGUUCUAACAAAACACUUUUAUAUAAUGCUGAGGUGCCUGAAUGAAAGGUUUUCAUUUUAUUCCUGAGAAAAUGUGUUAAGUUGAGAACAGACUUCAAAACAGUAGCUUCAGCUUUUUGUAGGGGGGAAUGUUUGUGAACUUGAUGAGACAAUAUCUGAUGAACUGGGGCGAUGUCCAGCUUUUCUCAGAGAGUUGUUUCAAAGUAGGUGGACUACACUGGUAUGAGACGCUGCUGCAUUGCAAUACUAUAUUACCUUAGUUGUGUACCUGAGCUGACUAGCAGUUGUAGGAGUGCAUAGAAACUACCGUAAUUUGUACAUCAUUUUGGAAGUGAACUAAAUAUUUUUUGAAUAUACUACUUUGACAGCCAGUGUUAACACUCCCCCCACCCCAGCAGCUCAAAGCACAACUACUGCUUUAAACUCUUCACAUUAUAUUUUUCAGACAUCUACAUGUAAAGACAUUCAAGAUGCAACCUCCCAGUCACAUUUACUGGCUGCCAAAUUUAUACCUGUUUCUUCAACUGUACCUUUUUGUAUUUAGAAUUUUUAAAUUUCUGUAAAGUAGAUUUUUGUAGAUUGUAAAGAGUGCUCACUGCCAUUGUGAAACGGUAUAUAAUUGUAUAAUUUGUGUGUAAACUGAAUGCUUGGGCUUUCAAUACAGUAUUCCUAUAAAGCAAUAAAUAUUAAUGUUAUAAAAUGUUUGAGUACAUUUUAAUCAAAAUCAAGACAUCCCUUUUUUAGAGGUGAAGUUGCAUACCUUGAAGUACAAAAAUAACCACCAAAAUGCAUGCUAACAGUUCUUGUACUGCAUGGUGUGCUUCGUUUUGGAUAAAGGUGAGUUUUGAAUUUGACUUGUAUUCCAGAAUAAUUUGGCUCCAUUUACAUAUUUAUAAGGUGGCAAUUAUUUGUGCUGCCUAUCAGGUUUGGAACAGAUAAGUAGAUGCUUGGGAGAAGUCCUAUUGCUGUUAGACAGACAAAAGGAAAAAUAGGCAAUUGUCCAUUUAUUUUCCUGUGCACAAGGCAAGAGCGCUGGGUGUGUAAAAAGCAUUAAUUACCACUAAAACCAAAAUAUUAGAAUUAUAAAAUUGUUUCCAAAAAUGCAAAACUAGAAAACACGUUUCCUUCUCUUCCUCGCUCCCCAUUUGCUUUUUUUUUUUUUUUCAGGGAUAUUUUGCCAAUGAGAACAAAUUUUAAGUUUAGAGAUUUCUGAAAUUUUCUUUAGAAUGUUUGUUUGUGAAAUAUUGUUAAUAAACCUAUUCUUUAAGCAA